GUUCUCCAUCAACAAGGAAUAUUUUUUUUUCGACUGUCUUUGACUUAUCUUGAUCAUGUCUCCGACAAGACACUCGUCCCAUGUUACUAUAGCAAUCGUUGGCACAGGAUUGAUCGGGCCACGGCAUGCUGACGCUGUUAAGGCGGAGCCCGGAGCUGAAUUGUUCUGCUUCGUUGAUCCGAACCCUGCUGUGGAGACGAUCGCCAAACAGCAUGGGGUACAAUGGUUUGCGUCAAUAUCUGAGAUGCUGCGAGAAAAGGGUAAGCCAGACGGGGCCAUAGUCUGUACUCCAAAUGCAAGCCAUGUCGCUGUAUCAAAAGAACUGCUCAGCGCUGGAGUUCAUGUUCUCUGCGAAAAGCCGCUCGCGACCGACGUUAGAGAAGGGGCAGAUUUGAUUGAAUUUGCUAGUCGUCAAGGAUUGAAGCUGCUGUGCGGACAUCACAGACGGUUCAAUCGGUACGUGUCUGCGGCGAAGAAACUCCUUGACAAACAAGCCUUAGGAAAGCUGGUAGCUAUAUCUGGGCUUUGGACGUUGCAUAAACCUCUUGAAUAUUUUGAAGCGCCAACGGAGUGGCGUAAGGGGGCCAAAGGGGGCCCAAUCCUGAUCAAUCUAAUUCACGAGGUUGACAUUCUUCAAUUCCUAGUCCAGUCUCAGAUCACUCGGGUUCACGCGGAGCGAACCAUAUCCCAAAGAGGAUUUGAAGCAGAGGAGGGUGCGGCAAUCCUGUUUCGGUUUCAGAACGGAGUGGUUGGCACCUUCGUGCUGUCCGAUGCUGUGCCAUCGCCUCACAAUUUUGAGAGCGGCACAGGGGAGAACCCCAUGAUUCCCAAGGCUGGCAUGGACACAUAUCGUUUCAUGGGAUCUGAAGGAACCUUAAGUUUCCCUGAUAUGCGGCUGUCGACAUAUGUUGGCGCGAAGCAGAAGAGCUGGACGGAGCAACUCUCGUUCUCCCACAUUCCAGUGCCUGAGACUCGGGUGCCGUUCGAGCUGCAGGUUGAGAACUUCGUUGCUGUCAUCCAGGGCAAUGCGGAAGCGGUAUGCACGGGACAGGAUGGCUUGAGAGCCGUAGCUGUGUGUGAAGCCGUCAAAAAGUCAUUGGAGAGCGGCUUGCCUGUUGACCUGUAACCUUAUUUGAGCUCUGCAACGUGUAUAGGGAACGAAUAGAUACAGAAACUCCACUCCAACAGAACGACCUUGCAUCGCUUCCCCUCACAACAGCCUCUCCAUUGCAUACGGGCCACACUUGCGUGCUUGCCUCAAAUCAUUGGUUAAAAUCGAUGACUUUCAC